UUAAGAUCUCACAUCGAUCGUAAGCAUGGUCGUGGCAGAUUGGAUCAAAACGAAGACGGAGGAGGAGCGCGAUACCAUGAUAAAGCAGGCAAGGGUUGCGAAAAGAAUCGUCGUGUUUGGAUGCAUUAUAAUGGUCUUUUCGAUAAUCAUUAUUGCCAUCCCACCGUGCUUCGGUCACUCCAUGAGAUACUUGACGAACAUCACGGAUGUUCCGGGGAAACCGUUGUUGCUGCAAACCUAUUAUUUUCGAGAUGUGACGCAGAGCCCGUACUUCGAAAUCGCGUUCGUCGCUCAGGCCGCGGCUGUUAUAAUGGCGGCGUUCUCUUACACGGGCAUCGACAAUUUUCUGGGCCUGAUUGUCUUUCAUAUAUGCGCCCAGAUGGAAAUUCUUAAGAUGCGAUUGCUCAAUCUAGAUGAAUAUAAAAACUUCAACUUCGGACUGUCGAUUAAUGUCCAGAAUCACAUGCGUCUUAUCAGGUUGCAGAUUUUGCGUUCCCUUAUUUUAAAUUGCCACCGGCUUAGAUAGUUUGAUUAAUCUUACUCGGCGCUCCGUUCAUUUCUUAAUUGUGACAAAACAAGAAUCUAGCGCUAACGAGUUCGCGAUUU